AUGGUGAAACAUUGCAUAGCUUUUGGGUGUCAAAACCGAAGUUCCAAAGCGGAAUGCAAGUACUUAUCAUGGCAUUCGCUGCCGCUGUCAGACAAGAAUUUGCUGGCACAAUGGCUCGUGAAACUGCGUCGAGAGAACACUCCGGUAAACAAAAACUCUUAUGUCUGUAGUCAGCAUUUUGAAGCUAAUUGCUUCAUAAAACCAAUGGGAGGACAGAGAAUUCGCUUGAAGCCAGAUUCCGUACCGACAAAGUUUAUAUUUACUGUUGAAAAACCAAAGAGGAAAGAGCCCGCUGAUCGAGCAACGUUGAACACAAAGAAAACAAAAAUAGAGAAAUCGCAGCAGCAUUCAGCCCCCGAACCGAUAAACAUUGAAAACACCAAUUUUAAAUCUGUUUCAGAUGGUGUGGGAACUGAACAUCUCGAAAGUGAAGGUUUAUUUCAAAUUGUAGAUGAAAACUGGGAACAUCAACUUCAGUUAAAGAAUGACGAAAUCUCAUGUUUACUUGAGAAAUGGCAAACUAAGGAGCGCGAACUGAACAAAAAAAUACAAGAGCUGGAGAAUCAACUUGAAGAAGAAAGAAGUGCCAGAAAGGAGCUGGAAUUAUUUAUCGAGAAGAAAGUCUUCAGCAUCGAAACUGUAAAGGAAAAUGAUAAAUUAUUAAGAUUUUACACUGGAUUUGAAAACUAUGAAGUGUUUUCAAUGGUUCUUGACUUUCUGGGGAGCCGGGGAGACAGCUGA